CGAGUUGCGGUUAAACCCCGUCAAGCCAUGGAGAAGAAAAGCGAGUAAAAGGUUAAAGUUAACAAGCAAGAUGGCGUCGAAUAAACGUGUUCUUUAUGUUGGUGGGCUUGCGGAAGAGGUGGAUGAGAAAGUGCUGCACGCGGCGUUUAUUCCGUUCGGCGACAUCACAGAUAUUCAGAUUCCACUGGAUUAUGAGACUGAGAAACACAGAGGUUUUGGAUUCAUCGAGUUUGAGCUGGCAGAGGAUGCAGCGGCUGCCAUCGAUAACAUGAAUGAAUCGGAACUGUUCGGCAGAACUAUCAGGGUGAACACUGCUAAACCCAUGAGGAUUAAAGAGGGCUCUUCUCGACCAGUGUGGUCUGAAGAUGACUGGCUGAAGAAAUUCUCAGGGCAGACCACAGAGGAGAGUGAGGAGGUGGCGUCAGCUGCAGAAUCAGCCAGUACAAACACUCAGGAGGGAGAACCGCCGGCAAAGAAAGGUAGAACUAACCCUCAGGUCUACAUGGACAUCAAGAUUGGCAACAAACCUGCAGGCAGAUUGUGCUUCCUUCUGCGAGCGGAUGUUGUGCCCAUGACCGCAGAAAAUUUCCGUUGUCUGUGUACACACGAGAAGGGCUUUGGAUUCAAAGGCAGCAGCUUCCACAGAAUCAUCCCUCAGUUUAUGUGUCAGGGUGGAGAUUUUACCAACCACAACGGCACUGGAGGCAAAUCGAUCUAUGGUCGCAAGUUUGACGAUGAAAACUUUGUCCUCAAACAUACUGCACCAGGUCAACUGUCGAUGGCAAACUCAGGUCCUGAUACAAACGGCUCUCAGUUCUUUAUCACUGUUGAUAAAACUGAUUGGUUGGAUGGCAAACAUGUGGUAUUUGGAGAGCUCACAGAGGGCAUGGAUGUACUACGAGCCAUGGAGGCUCAGGGAUCAAAAGAUGGCAAGACCAAACAGAAAGUCAUCAUCUCCAACUGUGGAGAGUAUGUGUGAGAUGAGCAUUCUGUGUGUUUGUGAGAGAACGUGUGAGAAGGAAAGCUGUUAGCAUGUUUUUUUUUUUCUUUUAUAGUUAAAUAUGUAAAUAUUCAAAUAAAACUUUUAUAAUCAA